AUGGAUCAGCAUGGAUCAGCAUGGAUCACUAUGGAUCAGCAUGGAUCAGCAUGGAUCACUAUGGAUCAGCAUGGAUCACUAUGGAUCAGCAUGGAUCAGCAUGGAUCAUUAUGGAUCAGCAUGGAUCACUAUGGAUCAAUAUGGAUCAUUAUGGAUCACUAUGAAUCAGCAUGGAUCAGCAUGGAUCAGCAUGGAUCCCUAUGGAUCAGCAUGGAUCAUUAUGGAUCAGCAUGGAUCAUUAUGGAUCAGCAUGGAUCAGCAUGGAUCCCUAUGGAUCAGCAUGGAUCAGCAUGGAUCACUAUGGAUCAGCAUGAAUCACUAUGGAUCAGCAUGGAUCACUAUGGAGGAAAUGAGGACCACCAUUUUGGUUUCAAAAGUAUUUUGUAA